UUUAGCAGCUGUAUUUCCUGCUUGCUGUUUCCACUCGAAGCAAUGGCAGAAGUGAAAGCUUCCCUGUUUUAUGGAGUUUUAGCGGCCUUCCUGAGUUCAGCAGUGCUUGCAUUUGUUGAGGAUCUUGAUGACACAUUUAAAGACACAAGAGUGAACGAUAUCUGGCUGGUUGAUUUCUAUGCACCAUGGUGUGGUUACUGUAAAAAACUUGAGCCAGUAUGGUAUGACGUGGGAGUUGAGCUGAAGAGCUCGGGGUCGCCGGUCCGUGUGGGAAAGAUGGAUGCCACUGCUUUCUCUGGAAUGGCAUCUGAGUUUGGCGUCCGUGGUUACCCCACAAUAAAACUGUUAAAGGGGGAUCUCGCCUACACUUACAAAGGCCCGAGGACCAAAGAUGACAUCGUAGAGUUUGCAAACAGGGUGGCGGGGCCGGCUGUGCGAGCACUUCCCAGCAGGCAGAUGUUCGAGCACAUGAUGAAGCGACACGAUGUGCUUUUUGUGUACGUUGGUGGGGAAUCUCCCCUCAAAGAGAAGUACAACGACGUAGCUUCUGAGCUCAUCGUCUACACUUACUUCUUCUCAGCCUCAGAGGAAGUCUUUCCAGAGUCAGUCACUUUGCCAGAGCUUCCUGCAGUUGUGGUCUUCAAGGAUGGAGGCUACUUUACCUACGACGAGUACGAAGAUGCCAGUUUGUCAUCGUGGGUGAAUAAGGAGCGCUUCCAAGGAUACCUGCAGAUUGAUGGGUUUACACUCUAUGAGCUUGGAGAAACAGGCAAAUUGGUGGCGAUUGCAGUCAUCGAUGAGAAGGACCCCACAGAGGAGAGUGGCAGAUUAAAGACCCUGAUUCAGAGGGUGGCGAAGGAAUACAGAGAACAUUUUAACAGAGACUUCCAGUUUGGCCACAUGGAUGGAAACGACUACAUUAACAGCCUCAUUAUGGGCGAGGUGACGGUGCCCUCCGUUAUCAUCCUCAACACUUCCAACGAGCAGUACUUCCUUCCCGGCGAGCCGAUCGAGACCAUGGAGCAGCUGGUCCAAUUCAUCAACAGUGUUUUGAACGGUUCCGCACAGGCAUACGGGGGAGAUGGCAUCAUUCAGAGGAUCAAACGUGUGGCCUUUGAUGCUAGAUCCACCAUCAUGUCAGUGUUUCGCAGCUCUCCACUGCUGGGCUGCUUCCUCUUCGGCCUACCGCUGGGUGUAAUUAGCCUGAUGUGCUACGGCAUCUGCACAGCCGAGUCGGACGACGGCGUUGAUGACAUGGACGCGCUCAAAAGGGAGGGCCUGACUGACGAAGAGGAGGAAGAGGAGGAUGAGAGGCAACGCGCCUCUGAGCUGGAGGGACCCGACGAGGAAGACGACGGCGUGGAGAAGGAUCCCGAGGAGAAGAAAACCGAUUAACACUGGGAGCUCCCCCGCCAGAUACAGGAUGAUAGGCCUAGUCGAAUUCAGUGACAUGAAACUCAAAGACAUAUCAAUGUAUUAUCGUUCUGCUUCUUUGUCUUUCAUAUCACUUCCCCUCAGAGCCUCUCUAGCACAGACUUUUCUCCCUUCUUUCAGCUUUGUUAGGUCAGCUGCUCAGUGGAGCCUUUGAAUCAUGUUUAAAACCAACAGCCUUUUUAAUGAUGGAGCAUAAAAACAAAAGACAAGAAGGGAUGGCUGUGAACCAAACGUACCACUUAUUUAUUCUGGUUUGACAAACAAGUGGUUUCUCCAUGUGAUAUAUCUGUUAUCUUUUUUGUCAUGCUCCACAUUUUCUAUUUUUUCCUGUUUACUAUGAUAGCCUAGAAUAUUAGAUACUGUAGAUAGUAGAUAAAUCUUGCCUUCAAACUGAAAACAACUUAAAUCCACAGCCAUUUUCUUCCCAAUUCCCCCCAAACCAAGAGGUGCAGGCGUACCAUGCAAAGUGAUUUAGAAAGCAAAGAAAGUGCCCAUGAAGGAAGAUCUGCCAUAAAUGAAUAGUGCUUUUUUUCUAUUGUGUUAUUGCCUGAAAUUCUUUUGAGGAAUGCAAAGUGCCGAGCAUUUCAUGUUACGUCUCGUCCUAGCCACCUGUUAGCAGUUACUGUCCGUUUAUAAACACAGCUGAUGGAAAGCAGCUGGAGUGGUAAUUGGUUUCAGUCUCUGAUUCUGAAAUAUGGCAAAUGCACAUUUUCUUUUUUUUAUAUACUUAUUUCAGCCCAGCCUACUAAAAAUUCCCAAAGUAGACGGGUUGUACCUGUACAGAAGACACCCAUAACAUGCUCCAGUAGUUCCUGCAGCUUUUAACAAGACGUGCUCCUCAGAUACACCGGCUCUGUCUGCUUCCAUAUUACCAUCUGUCCUCCAUCACUGGUUGCUAUUAUUGAAUUGAGCAGGCAGGUUGAAGUUAACAUCCAGAUGCACUGAGAAGUACAGUGAGUAUGUGAAAUAUAAGGACCAUCCCUAAUACUUGGGUCUCGUGUUCACUGUGCGAUUUCAAGCUGAUUCUAUGAGAGAUGUGGUGGAGUGACAGCUAAGACUUCAACUGUGUGACAGUCAUGAUUUAUGUGCUCGUGCUGUGCAUUUCAAUACUUGGGCUUGACAUGGGUGUUCACGUUGUAUAAGUUAAAGCUACAGUAUGUUUAGUUUUGGACUGAAAUGUCUCUACUAAAUAAAAACUGGCUGCUUAUCAGGAGCAGAGCUCAUUGGAGGGGGGGGUUCUCGGGGCAGAGAGUCAUGGAAGGGCCCAUUGAAGAUUGCAAAGACAUGGCCUAUUCCAGGGGUUUCAAACUCAGUCACAGAAGGGGCGGGGUUCUGAAUUAAGGUCUAACCUGAGGGCCUAACAGGGUCCACAUUUAACCAAGCUAUCAACAUUAUUUUCGCCAAUAAUAAAUUAUGGGGGAAAAAUUAGCACUGAUGGUAAAUGAUUUUGAGAUUUAAAAAGUCAAAAUGAUAUGUUAAAAGGCUCAAAAUCUGAAAUACAGUCUGACUUAUUAGUUCGAAAGUUAAAAACACAAAAUUAGAUGUUAGAAUAAUUCUUUUAAAAGGCAAAUAUAUAAAAAAGAAAGUCCCAGUCAUGUUUUAAGGCAAAAAUAUGACUAACAAGUUAAAAUGGUGCACCUAAAAUGUCAAAAUAUGAGA